CACGCUCCUGGAGCCCGGGACGAGUGUCACCACCUGGAAACAACUCCUAGCAAGCUUCCAGAAGUUUCCCACUGUCUUCGUCGAGUGAAAAAAGGAAUGGCUAAGAACAUGACAGGUUCUGUUGACGACUUAGCAACUCUUUCUGAAUUGAAUGAAAAAAUUAUUCUGGAAGAGCUGCAAGCGAGAUAUAGCAAAGAUGUCAUCUAUGUGAGUAGUACUUAGGGCUCUAAGUCUGUCAGUUUAUAACACGACUCACUUGAUGAGAUUUUCCUUCCUCGUUCAAUUUGUGAUUAUAUUUAGCUGCAGCGGAUGUUGAUUUAUUUGCAAUCUGUCCAUCAAAAAUUAUAGACCUAUGUCGGUGAUAUUCUUAUCGCAGUCAACCCGUUCAAGCAACUGGAUAUUUACCACAAGAAUGUAAGUUAAACUUAACUGAACGGAGUUAGGAUAAUUUAAUUUACACCAGUGAAUAAUUAAAGCGAGACACCUGCUUUCGAGCCCCUUAAUGACGUUCCACCACUUUCGCUAAGUACUCAAGUUUAAACUGAGUUUGGGCCUUAGAUAAUUUUGAUUAACAAUUCUGAACUUAAAAGAUGUGUCUUCCAAAAUAUCAAGUGGGCCAAGAAAAAUCCAUUUUUUUGUGGUGUUUGAUCUGCUUGUAGAUUGCAGCAAGGUAUAAGAUGACACAGAAAUCUUUUCAGCCUCCACAUAUUUUUGCCAUUGCUGAUGCAGCUUACCAAGCCAUGCUAGGCAUUGGUGCUGGGACCAAUCCAAAAAGCCAGUGUUGUGUCAUCAGGUAUGAGGACUUGACUCUUCUUCCUGCUUAUUGGUGCUGGGGCACUUUAGGAAUUUCUGGGUGGGGAUGUGCCGCUGGGAUCCUGGAACCCUUGACCUAAAAAGCUAGUUCAGUUGAAUUUGUCAUCAGGUAUCCUGAGGAGUUGAGUCUAGAUAAAAUCUUCAACCCUGAUCAGUUUCCUGAAAAAUGAUACCCUAUUCUAGACCCAAACGCUCUGAUUUAUAUACCCUAUCCUAGAGUAAACUACUUGAAAACCAUACCCUUCACAGCGGCACAUACCCAUAUAGCCCAUAUAUGGCAGUACCCCCCCCCUCCCCGGGGGUCUGGUGUGUUGGUUAGGGUUAUGCAUGGUUAAUAUUAGUGUUGGUUGCUUUCAAUCCGGUACUCAGCAAAGGUGUGCUGACCUUUCCAUGAUAUAACAAGUAAACUACUUUUAACAAAGUCAGUGCAAAAAUUGAUUAUGCUUAUAAAAUAUUUUCUGUUUUGAAACUUAAUAAUUAGAAGAAACUGACCUGCUUAUAAAUAAUUGUCCCCUCUUUCACUGCACAAAAAUGAUUGACACACUCCAUUUACACCAGCCAUCACAUCUCAUCUAAAUAACUAAAAUUAAUGACCAGUCCCUCAUCACCAGAAUGAGUACUGACAUAAAUAAUAAUUUCACUUGUUGCUGUACUUCAUAAUCCACAGGCAUCCCAAACUCAAUAUCUGAGUGCAUGUUAAAAAUCUUAGAAUAAAUAUGCUAAUAUUUUGUAAUGUAAGGCUUCAUAGGGUUAAUUUAUAUGGGAAAAAGAAGCAAUAGAAAAAAUAUUGCAUUAUCUUGUGUAGCAAAUAAUCAAAAUAAACUUACUUUUACUGUUUGUGUUCCUGUGUUCUUUUUGAAGAGUUCUGGGCUGGUUUUGCUAUUCUGCCUUAUUAACCUUCAAAUUUAUUUUAAUUUUUUGUAAAUUAUUAAUUUUUUUAUUGCUACUCUAUUAACUAAGAUAAAGGGAUAUUUUUAUUUUUUCCCAUAUAAAACCUAUAAACUACAUAUAUUAUACAAAAUUAGCAUAUUAUGUAUCAAUUUUUUACAAUUUUUUUUUAUCCAAAACUCACAUAUUGAGUUUUGGUUGCCUAUGCAUAAUAUUCUAAAACAAUAAUAGACAGUUUAGCUAGUGCAUCUCUUUGCAUGUACUUUGACAGUAAGAAUAUUGUAAUUUCAGCGGUGAAAGCGGUGCAGGCAAGACAGAAUCAGCCAAACUUUUGAUCAGUCAACUUGUUGAGCUAUCCAAAGGAACCUCACAGCUGGAACAGCAGAUUCUUCAGGUGCUGUUAAUAAAUCUGUAAAAGGAAAAGUUCAGUGCUACACCCAUGCCAUCAGUCAGUCAAUGAAACUAGUCUUAAAGCAGACUCUCACGGAAAUCAUGCUUAUAAAAAAUAACCAGGACAAUAACAGCCCCCAAUACAGAUUCCUCAAGAAAUCCUAAAAAAAAUUGUUGGUUUAUUAAGAUAGCCAAUCAAUAAUGGCUUUAAUUUGAUAUAGGGUUUUAGGUAUCUGAAGUUAAUGACUGCAACCUGCUGACACCCCUGAAGGUAUCUGGUAACCUUAAGAAUACUAAUAUAAUUAAUAUUUAAUGAUUAUAACCCUUCCCCCUCUCCUCCUCUCUCCUCAGGUAAAUCCUCUGCUUGAAGCCUUUGGUAACGCUCAAACAAUGAUGAACCACAACUCAAGUAGAUUUGGAAAGUACAUUCAACUGAAGUUUCAGCAAAGCAGUGGUAGGGUGGUAGGAACUGGCAUAUGCUGAUAUAAGUAGACCCCCCCCACCUAGCGUUGGAACCGCAGAGGUAUUUCCGGUCGUCGCUUCUCUUCCUACUUUUCUCGGCGGGUGACACUAGAUACUAGAGCCGAAAAAACCGGAUGCUCUCGCAGGCUUCCCCCACCCCCCCCAAAAAAAGUGCUAAAAAAGGAAAAAGUACUUGUUAAAACAGGGAUAUUUUAUAUCGCGCUCUUAUUCCAAUUAAAUACAGUGAUGCGCUGUCUGUUCAUGUUAAAACUAAAGGGGGUCACUCUGUCUGCGUUCUACUGUAAUACUGGGAGCUUAAGCAAAGACGGUUUUGAGCGAUGGACUACCGGAAGUGAAUCCUUGUGCCUUUUAAUAUGUCUUGAUGCUUCCAAAUUGGUAUUGCUAAGUGUCUUUACACUGAUAGAGACGAACUGCUCGAAAAUUUGUUUAAAAUCACAGCUCAAGAGUGCAAAAAGCCCAUUUCCAAAAGUUGACGUGCGUCGCUCAAAGGAUAGCAACCACGAUAGCGACGGCAACAGAAACAUCAAAACAACAACUCUGCGCGUGCUUGAACAAGCUUUUUCAAACAUUUCUUUGGGUCACAGUGUGCGGACGACUACGACAGGAAAUUCCUUUAUGCGACGUUUUAUGGAGGUCGUAAGAAGCUAGACAUAUCAUGAGACAGGGGGUGUGGGGUAGGGAUGGGCUUGCUAGCAGGAUAUAACCUGCCUUACUGGAUUGGACCAGAAUCAUAGCCUCUAGUAGACUGCAAAACAGUCGGUUUUUUUCUCAAAAUCAGUAAAGAAAUCGGUAAAGUGUGGCGUAAGAGUCUUACGCGCGCGAAGCGCGCGAGCCUCACACGUCCUAAAAAAAAAACCGUAUUUUUAGCGUCUCUCCCCAGUCUCGCUCUCUGUUUUCGGCCUCAUUCCAGACCUUUUGUUUGACUGCUCGCGCGUACUUGAAUACGCAAAAACACGGACUGUUUUGCAGUCUAAGCCUCUAGCGGAUGGAUGAUAAAGUCCACGAAAUGAGUUUUGGCUGUAACAACUCUUUUGAUAAAUUAUUUUACCGUGCUAUAGAAUUCUUACGUAAUUUAACUUUAAAGAACUACUUUUAAUUUUUUGUGAAUAGAUGACUUACAUUUGGAGGCGUUAACUGCGUGGGAUAUAAGAUGUAUUUGUCCAAAGAGGAAUUAAAACUGCGUGCUAUUUACUUACAUAUAAAGCUCUCAAGUUUAUUUUCUCUUAAAUUAAAAUAACUUUUCAUUGUUCUAUUAAAUUCUCAGUUAUUGGUGCCAAAAUUUCUGAAUAUCUUUUGGAGAAAUCCCGCGUUGUCCGACAAAGUCCUGGGGAGGAAAAUUUUCACAUUUUCUACUACUUGUUCGCUGGGCUGUCUUUAGAAGAACAAUGUAAAUAUGGAUUAACAAAGCCCAGCAAAUACUGGUAAGGUGGUAUCAACAUAACAAACAUUUUUCAAACCUAUCAUAUAGCCAAAAGCAGCGGGAAAAGUACGUCAGUUUAGUGCUUUGAAGACCGAAUUUGGAAUCUGUUUCUGAUAGUCUUUUGGUAUCUAAGAAUUUGUCAUGAAGGAAAAACACCUUUUUUUAAUAACUGUAUCGGUUUGAAAUUUACUUAUCUGCUGGAGCAUGUUAAACAGAGUAAAAUUUGAUGAUAAUUUUUUAGGAAAACCUUGCUUUACUUCCCUCUCUUGCCACAUCUUUUUGAUAACUUUUGAAGACUUUUGUAGCCCUCCAUUUAUGACACUUUAAAUUAUUAUUAAGAAUUAACUUCUACCUACAAUAUGUUCAACAUGAAUUUACAUGAAUUAAACAGGAUAUGUUUUGAAAUUCUUAUGUAAGUCUUUUUUGUUAUCAAACACUGAUAGUUACUUGUCUGAUGGAGCUGCCAGUUUUAAAAAGAAAAUAUCAAAAAACAAGGCAAUGUUUGAUGAGUUGCUCAAUGCUAUGGAUAUGGUGGGAUUUCUGGACGAGGUAAAACCAACUUACAUGCUUGACGUUCUGUUUUGUGUUUGUUUUUUUUUUUUGUUUUUUUUUUUUCACUACGUUUGCGCUCAUAACAUGUACCUUAGAAUUUCAAUUCACCGCUGCGUACACGUUAGUCGUGAAACGUUUUUGAUCGUAUAGGUCCAUUUACACGGCCGGGCGAUUUUUCAUGCGAUUUGUAGCGCAAAAAGAGCUGUAAUUUGGUUGCAAUUCCAAAAUCGCCAGUAUAAAGAGGCUGCGAUUUCACGGGCGAUUUUAGCGCGAUCUGUCGCAGGCAAGAUCAUGAUCGAAAUUUAGUGGUCGCGAAGAUCAUUGUAACCGCGACUAUUUUAUCAUGCUUUGUGCUGUUUUUGUUCUUCGGUGUUUUGUGUUUAGGAGCAGCAAGAUAUGCUGACUGUACUUGGUUCAGUACUUAACCUCGGCAACAUAGCAUUUGAGAUGGACGAAAACGAAGGGGCUGUUGUUAAGGAAGCUCACGGACCUCUGAGGACAGCUGCGGUAAGUUAAAACGUGAUUGAAGUUACAUCGUUUUCUUUACUAGUAAAGGUCAACCAUGGCGAAAAUCUGUUGAAAAAUAAUCAUUUUAUUUCCCUUUGGAACACAGGAGAACGAAGAUUUUACUAAGAUUUCUUAUCAAUGAAUAUAGUAACGCCCAGUACACUGUAAAAAGAAAACAACAGCACCGCAAUCUAGUACGAAUACAACAGCCUCUCUGCGCUCCCCUCCGUCAUGGACGUUUCGAGGGAUAGUAGUCUUUGAAAUGUUUUUGCUGGUAUUCAUAGAACGCAGAAUGAAAUUGUAGCGCGAGUUGUGGAAUUUAUGUGGUGUGAUUUCACACCAGUGACCUCCCGCUCCUGCAUUAAGUGGAACCAUCUAGGUUGUUCUUAACAUUUGUAGAAAACUUUAUUAGAAGACACCAAGACUUUGGAAUAGCAACGGUAUCGCUACCUUCAGUGUAAUUGAUCGUAAAUUUCUGUAUUUUCAUGUCCGGCAAAACAGAAGCUUUUAGGUGUGGACGCGGAGAAUCUGGCAGAAGCUCUGAUCUCCACCUCAUCCGUAACACGUGGUAGUGUGAUCAAGAGAAGGCUGAAAGAUCAUCAAGCUAUCGGUAAUCUGAUAUAGAGCCCAGUGUUUAAAACAUAGCCAAUAGUUCAAGGGAGAUUGACAGACUUUGUUACUCCGAUUGCGUUGGUUAACCUUUCUGUACUUGUGAUUUCUCUUAGAUUUGUCCUCUGCCGGUAGCCAAAAUUGGCCAGAUUUGUUCGUGAAGGUUUAUUUUUUUCUAACCGCCUGUGUCACUGAAAAAUCAUCUCUUCAUGUAUUCGCCAGGCUCAAGCAGAGAUUUCCACCCUCCCAAUUUAAUGUGUUGCCUCCCGCUUUCUCGAUUUUUAUUAGAUUCUCCCGAUUUAUCAUGAAAUUCUGAAAACAAGGGAAGAAAUUGCUUAUCUUCAGUAUUUUAUUGCAAUUUGAGCGUGAAACGUUACGUAUUACACUUUCCUAUCCCAUCCUAUAUCGCCAAGUCUCUCCAUUGAAGACCGCCGCGGUAUUAAAAUGCAAUCAAUGCCGCUUUAGACAAAUUAAAUUUGCCAAAUUUCCUGGUGGGGCAUACCCCCAGACCCCCCAUAGAAGCUCACACCUAAGGCGCUUGUGUGAGCGCCGUCGGCGCUAAAAACUCCAUCAUUGCGCAUAAGCAUCAGCAUAUAUCGACAUCCAGUCCUAGCAGUAUGCAGGAUAUUUGUCGCCUGAACCUAUAGUUUUGGUGGCCUUAGCUCCCACAGGUCUCCUGUAGCUUUAUGGUAGGGCAUCUGGACAUAUAGCCAGGGGGUCAGAGGUUUAACUGUUGUUGGGAGAACACGGAAUUUUUCUCCCGAGCCGCCUGUGUCACUGAUUGUAAAAUCAUCUUUCUCAUAGCUCAACUUGACUUCUUUUUUUUUACGUUUUUCAGAUGUACGUGAUGCGACAGCUAAAGCUUUGUACGGCCGACUGUUUGGCUGGAUUGUUAAUAAGGUGAAUCAACUACUGGCGCCACCAAUGGCUUCAAGAGGAGACGAGGUCACAGAAAUAGGUACCACUGGGUGGAGCUUUUUUACACCCACUUCCAAAUGGCGGGAAUGAUACUGCUUUCAGAGUUUCAAAACUUACUGAAUGUUUUUCUCUCUCGUUAUUUGUAGGAAUUCUGGACAUUUUUGGUUUCGAACAUUUUGAGAACAACAGCUUUGAGCAAGCGUGUAUCAACCUGGCUAAUGAACAACUUCAGUUCUUUUUCAACCAGGUAAAUGGCGAUUGUAAUCGUCGUAUACAGGUGUUGUUUCGUAUACCGUUACCUGUAGCAGCUUCUGGCUAACUUCAGGGUUAUUUUUCGUUAUUUUAAUUACCGUAGAACCGGGUAUACGUGAUCGCUCUUCGUGGGUGACAAAUUAAGAAAAAAUGCCGGAAAUUCUUGAAGGCAGAUUCUAAAAUUCAAUGCUUAUUUAUCUUUGUAGCAUAUUUUCAUGUGGGAGCAGGAAGAGUAUAAAAAGGAAGGAAUCGAUUGGACUGGUGUUACAUUUGUAGACAACAAACCUGUACUGGUAAGAGUUAUAAUUGAGCCUCUGAUCUGCUGAUAGUUUAACAUAAACAUAACAUAAUCGGUAACGAGAAUAUCAGCACAAGUAUGGUAAAAUAUGAUGCGAAAACCCGCGCUAACGUUUCAAUUUAAUAUAACAAAUGUAAAAACCUGUUGUAAGAAAUGUUGUGGCUAUUUUCAGGAUUUGUUUUUAAACAAACCAAUUGGCGUUCUUGCAUUGCUCGAUGAAGAGAGUCAUUUCCCGCAGGUGAGGACAAGUUAAGCUUUCUGCGUACGGCGUAUAGAGCGAUUUUCUUAUGACCUUGAAAAAUGGUUUCGGUAAGUGCACGUUAUUUGUUUUAUCAGCCAAUGGAUGACAAAGUCGAAACAUGGACUCUUCGUUUUCCCGCCAAAGAAAACCCUUAUAUGGAGAAGGCAUUGUUCGAUCGGCCAAUCGUGUUGCAGUAUGAUGUCAAAGCGAAUUAUUGAUUGAUUUCUAGAAAGUUUUCGGGCAUGAAGUUUUUUCACCCGAGCGUUCGCUUAACCAUCCAAAAGCCACGUGCGUUUGUAUCCGUUCGAUAAACCAAUCAAAUCGCUCUAUUUUCGUUCGUUUUUUGUUUCUGUUUUGUUUGCGCGUUUUCAUUUCAAGGUCAUACGAAAAUCGCUCUAAACCUCUUGACGGUAUUCAUAUCGUAUAUCAGUGUGUAAGUUUUAACUUAUACACUGAUCGAACUUAAAAGUUUGAUCGUCAAUAUUAGAGCUUGCUGAGUGUCCGUGGUACCUUGAAUUUGGGAGGGGACGAAAAUUACAACUCUACGUUGAGGGCGACGAAAGGUUUUUGAAAAGUCUAUUAAAUAUGAAAUGUACUUGAUUUCACGAGCCGCACAUGGUGGCUGAACAGAAUUGAGGUUUGAACUUAGCCACGAAAAUGUCUUUUACACAACAAAUAAGAUGAAAAUUGUCAUGGUAAAAUCGUAGUGCUAGUUGCAUAUUCCUAGGAGACCCUAUCUUGCUUUUUGAUUCGGCUCGAUGGUUUGCUAUGCCUCAUUUCUGACUUCAAAGAACAAAACGCAUUCAUUCACUGAAAGAUAUUUCUUCGAUACUUGUUACCUAGAGUACGGACCGCUCAUUUGUAGAGAAACUGGCUCAAAACUGUGGAAAAAGUAACAUCUUCAUCAAGUCAAAACAAUCGAACAGCAACGUAUUUGGGAUCUGUCAUUAUGCGGGCAAGGUGAGCGAUCUAACGGUGUACUUCUGCGCCAUUAGUAAAUAAAUCCACUUUAUUUUAUAAGGAUAGCACUCAGCAACAGUCUGUUGACUCAUAAACAAAAAGUUCCUCGAACCCUUGAUUGAAUCGGCAUCAGAAAAUUUAAGUUGAUUUUCGUGAAGAGAGGAAAUCUAAAGAGACCGAAGCAAAAAACCUCGGAGCAGGGUCAAGACCUAACAUUCAACUCACAUAUGUACAGCGGAACCGAGAAUCAAACUGGUAUUUGUCUAGACGUAAGGGCCGGUGUUCUGGCCCAACCACCUGAACCACUGGAAGGAAAGAAUGCAAGCAUUAUAAGGUAGCCUUACAUUUUCAAGUUGUGAUCAUCCUUUCCUUCGUCUUCACUCAUUAGCUAUAGACGUUUGUAAGUGUCAGUGAUGUAGAAAGUUCUUAAUAAAACUGAUGGUACGAUAAUUUUUGUAUGAAUCGUCCCAGGUUGAAUAUAACGCCAGAGGAUUUCUUGAGAAAAACCGCGAUACUCUUCCUCAAGGAGUGAUGGAAAUGCUGCGAAAAAGUGACAACACACUAAUUUCUACUAUUUUUGCUGGUAAUUAUACUUGUUUAAUGCCAUUUCGAAGAAAAUCUUGCGAAAGACUUAAAAUUGUUGAAAUAUUUCUUUAUAAAGGAUAUAGUUUGAAAAAGUGUAAUGAACACUUGAAAGAGUGUUUUCUUUGGUAUUCAACAACGCUUCACUAGUUGUGCAAGCCCAGAAAGAGUGCUUCGUUUUCCCUCUCGGUGUUCUGAUAUUCCCAUAUUCCCGUGGCUAUAUAGGCCCUAGGAUUUGGACAAAGAAGUUAACUUUCUCUAAAUAUUUUGUUUAAUUAGGUCGCAAUGAGUUCCGAGCAAUCACGCACCAUCGAUCUGAAUCUAUUUCGCCAAAUGGAAUGCAUAAUCUGAAACUGAAACUAAAUGAUGGUCAGUUAAUCAGGCUGAUCCACCUCCUAUCGUUCAGAUCGUUGUCUUCAAGCGCAGAAUGCGGACUGGGUUAGGUUAAAGGAAACUAUUCCUAAAUGAUUUUCUUUCUUGUUGCGAAACAAAUUGUUAUUAUUUAAAAUCAUACAGGAACCAUCACACGAACUGGAACAUUGGCACUGCAAGGACGAGUGAGCAAGGGAAAUGUCAUUAGAAGAACAAAGGUGAGUCGAGAGUAAGUAGAACUCCCUCAAGAAACAGUUACGGGGGGUCUCAGAAUACAGAAUAGGGCUAUUUUUCAGGCGAGCAAACGUUCCGUGCUUUCCGCUUGUAGUCGCCAUCGUUGUUUGCACAACGGAAAAGCAAUUAAGAAGAAAUAGGUCACGCAAGUGGGCAUCAAGCAGAAGGAUGACUCUUUCUGUUUUUCUAUUUUAUCAUUUUUUGCGGAAUUUAACGCGGUAGUUAUGAUACAUACCUAGCUUUAUCUAGCGCAGUACGUCCUCCAGAAAACACCUGAAGGCUAAAAAAGUGGAGCGGAAACGCUCAAUACAUGCCAGAGCUUUAUGUUUUAGACCUCGAAACGUCAUGAGUCGGGUGGCAUGAAUAAACAUAAACAACUGGAGACGUAAGAAACAAUGAAAGGCUCUGUUUAGACGCCGAACUUUUCAUAAGGCAGCCUAUUAAGUUAAGUUUGGGCCGACUUAAAGUCUUCUUUGGAAGUGCAAGGACGAUCUCCCACCGCCUUUGUGGCCUUUCGAGUGUUCUAUAAGAGGUCACUAAUGCACAAUAGUCGGUGGCGAAGUGAUCGGGGCAUGUUUUGCGUAGUAUCAAAAUGAAAGUAAAAUUAGUAGAGUUAGCUCUCGGUUGCUCAUAUUCAUAUUUAAAUCUCUGGUUGUUUUCAAGAAACUUAGUAAAGGUCGUCAAGGUUUGGCAGCCACCAAAAAACCCACUGUUGGGGCACAGUUCAAGGUAAGCUACACAAUUUUUCUUUAAGAUUAUCUUUUUGCUUUACUUUGGGUGCGUUCGAUUGGGAAAUCUUGAUUUAGAUUUUAAAAUCGGGAUUUCGGAUUUCUAAUCGAACGCGAAGUCCGAAAACGGAUUUCAACGCAGAAAUAUAUGUUUUUGGAUUUUCCUUUUUACCGUUCGAUUGGGAAAUCCGAAAAAGGAUUUGAAAAACUGUCCUUAGGAACAGCGGUCUUGCAUGCGCUCGCAUAAAUAGUAAAAAGAAGACCGCUGUUCACGAGAAUAGUUUUGCAAAUCCUUUUUCGGAUUUCCCAAUCGAACGGUAAAAGGGAAAUCCAAAAAAUGCGGAUUUGGAUUUCUUAAUUGAAAUCCACCCUGAGGAUGGAUUUCUCGGAGGUGAAAUCCGUUUUCGGAUUUCACGUUCGAUUGGGAAAUCCGGAGUUAGGUUUUGAAAAUCUAAAUCCGGAUUUCCCAAUCGAACGCACUCUUAGUCUUAUGAUGUCGUUAGUCAACUCAAGUCAUUGGGGAGCUUUAGCAUCGACAAUGGCAACGGUGGCGAAAACGUCACUUUUGAACUGAAUUCGCGUUUUCUUUAAAACUUUGUCGCGUCUCUUCCAGUGCGCUGAAAAUGACAAAUUUGGGGCAUCUCCCAGGAGUUGAUUUUUUGACCACCGCACUCAAGCUUAGAAGGAGAAAGAAAAAUUCGUCGUCGCUUGUUUACGUCCUCCAUAAAACGUGCAGUUAGGCGUUUUCACGUCGCAGUUGCGCAAUGACGGCAAAAAAUGUACAAAAAAAAGCGUGAUACGUGUAAGGUUGUUGUUUUGCUAGACAAACCUAUAGCGCGUUUUCACCCACGUGACCAGCAUCCAUGCAAAUUCAUUGGAAUCAAAGAAAGCCAACCAAUAUGGCCACCGAGAUGUCAUGUGAAAACACUCUAGUGGUUGCCGUCGCCGUCGUCGUUGCUUCCUGCGCUUAAGUUCAAGGUGCUCCGAAGAAUUUACUGAGAGGGAGAGAAUCGUACAGUGGCUUGAACCAGCCGUUAUCUGGCGGCUAUAGCCACGGAAGUGCAAGGCGUCAUGGGAAGGGGAAGAGACGUCACACAAAUUUCCACUACGUGGAAAUUUUGUCUUUAGAAUGAUGAGGUCUGGUUACUAGGCUUACAUAUAGCGGCUCUUUUUUUGUUUCUUUGGUAAAAGCUUAUAAUUUAGGAAGGCCCGAAAACUGAUCUCGUGUAAACCAAAGUGAUAUAACCAGCCAUUGGGAAAUGGUUCCGAGAUUUGGCUUUCAAGAGAGCAAUUUUAAAUAUUCUGAAAACUUCUUUUGUCCUUCCCAUGCCAACCUUAUCUUGGUCAAUACUGUACAUUGUAUUUCGGUUUUGAAUCUCACUAUUAAUAUUUUUACUACUGGAAAGCUGGCAGACUAUUGUGUGUGGAGGGAUUUAUGAAACAACUAGAAGGAGUGUUUCAACUUAUAUCCAAACACCGAGAAGUGGGUUGAAAAGAACAAGGCUCAUUUGAGUGACUGAUAUAGUCUCUCAAACAACCGCAAUUCUCGGGAAAAAUUGAAGUUAAAGCUUACAAAAGUUUUUGUAAUUAGCAUUCAAUUUUUAGGCCCUUCCUUCAUGACGGUGGUGGUGGUGAUUUCCUUUGGAAAGAAAUUUUACUUGUGUACCUUUUUAACGAGGAAAUUAUGUGAUUCAUGGUAAUUCAACGUUGCAACUCAUUGUAGUAUCAAGGCUGAUUAACCAAGCAUAAAACGCGAAUUCAUUUUCUAAUUAGUUGCUUAAGAGUCAGAAGAUAAGAGCCAACGUAUUGAUCGGCUAGUAAGCAAAUUAGAUACAAACUAGACAAAUGUCCGGAUAUAUCAUUGUUUUGUGGUUUGUAGAAUAUUUAUAAAAGCGUGAGAUACACGGGAAAAAACUAUGUGGUUUUCUACGAUAUUUAGUACUUUUUAAACGUGAUUUAGGGUUUCUUUUCUCUUAUUCACCAGUGUUGUUUGUUUCUAAUCUAUUCAGUAAUGUGUUCCACAAUUACAGUGCUAUUGUAAUCGAAGGUCGCCCCUGGUCGCGCUUCUUCUCGCCACUACAGGUUCCGCAGUCGCUACACUUGUAUUUUUGCCGCGGAAACAAAGAGAAGAAACGAAAUAAUCUCGAUUUUGUGUAUGUCUUCACAAAAGGCAUCGUAUAUGUAUAAAUCACAAAAAUUAGUCCGCCACAUAUGGCACCGAAUAUAUAGUCCACAAUGUGAUCGUCAAAUGGACAUAAAAUAUAUUGGUAUAUUAAGGAAAUUCCACGAGAUAUUUUAGACUUUUUUUCGAGAAUUUACGGAAACGUGUUUAGUCCAUUUAACGAGAUAUUUGGAUCUAGGCCUAGCGGCUAAAGACGUGAAGUUAUCUUUUUGGGGACAACAAUACUGUUUUCAAAUGUUUAUCUGAUGAUUAGGGUUAGCAUUAUUACAGAUCAUGAACUGGCGAUGUAUAUCUGUUGUGAACCCAAACAAUAAUCUAAGGUCUCUUAGAAGGUGGCUGAGUGCUACUUUACUUUUUGUCGCAAUAUUAAUGUUAAUGUUAUGCAUACAAUUGUUUCCUUUAUGAAAGACUUCUUUGGCGAUCCUUAUGGAAAGAAUGACGGCUGCUAAUCCUCAUUUUAUCAGAUGCAUCAAGCCGAACACUGAGAAGGUACUUCUUCUUAUUGCUCUUGAUAAAUGAUUUGAAAUUAUUUGUUCAGUACUGUUACAGUAGCAAGCUCAUGUUGCAUGUGAAAUGUUUAGAACAGCUAGAACGAAAGAAAGUACGGUAGUUCUUAGAAGCUUUUAGAGAACACUCUGGCCAAUCAGAGGAAGCGUUGAGAUUCAUUUAACCAAUCACGUCUCGAAACAAAUAGACGUAGACGUCACCAUUUGCCAGGCGCGGGAAAAUAGAAACGUGUUAUUGAGACAAAUACCUUUUGGGUUAAAUUUUGAUUGGUUUAGGAGGGGUUAAGAAUUUUCUUUCAUGCCGCAAUAAAAAGUGUAGCUAUGUAAAUUAAUCUCCGCACUUCCUUGAAACAUGGCUAAAUCCUCAUUUGUAGCCUUAAACCUAGUCACGAAACCUGCUUUUUUGACUGUUAAUUAGUUGAUCACAAAACGGCAGAAAACAAACAUUUGUAAAAUACACUUCUGGCAUUAGAUACUAUCCUAAAUGUUUAGUUUAAAUGAUCGCACUUUACGAGAAUGUUAUUUGUAGAAUUAAAAGUCAGAAUCGUGUGACAGAAAUAGCCAAACGUUAAAACUCAUCAACUUUAUGUUGUAUUUAUAUAUUGAGUACAUCCGGCUCUAAUCUGAUAUACAGUGUUCAUAUAUUGUUUAGCAAAGAAAUAGAGACAAAUUUUACGUUUAGUCUUUGUAGCUGUUCUUGCACGAUCAAGCCAUAUGCGUGAGACCUGACACAGGUAGGAUGUGAUUAACCAGCACAACUCAGUCUUAGUGAGGAUUUACUAAUCAUGCAGAUAUAUAGCUAGUGUAGAUGGUGUUACUUGAACAGUCCUGUUAUUACAGAUGCUAUUUUAAUUUAUAUGACUACAAAACCACGAAAGAAAUAACGCCGGUUGUGCAGGCCAUUUCAAAUUGGUAACAUUGCAACAGACAAAUCUUUCAAUGACAAGAUUUCCUCGAGGAAAGCUCUCCAAUAUGCUUCCACCGGUGAUUUGAAUUGUCCAUUUUAAUAGGUCGAAGGAAUGUCAUUGGCAAAGAUUGCAGAACUACUGUGACAUUGUUUUUAAAGCACUUGAGUUGUUGCCUUGAUCAAUUUUUCUAAAACUAAAUUGCUGCGUUGAAUUCUUUUCAGUUAUAAUUUUAGUAUCACGCGCAUGAAUCUUAAACUCGAAAGACGAUUUCGCAAAAACGGUGCGCUGCAUAUUCUAGACAAAGCUCUCAUUUGCAUUCUUUGAGCGUUAAAAUCUUAUACAGGGGGGAUUUGGACAGCGCAUUGUAUCCAGAAAUGUGUUCCAACAUUGAAGAGGACUUUUGCAGGUCCAGUGAAGGUUACAUCGUUUUGUUUUUUUUGUUUGUUUGUUUUGCUAAGAUUAUAUCACGAUCCCUUAUACCGGUAAAAAGCCGGCUAUAACUAUUCUGUGUAUUUAUAAUUAUUUUUUAUCGAUCUUGGCCAGUUUAGUCAGCCUUCAGUUUGGUUCUGCUAUUUUCGCUGGUUCUUGAAUUUCUAAAUAAGGUAGUGGAUAAAUUCAAUAUUUUGAUUUUGAAGUAGGAAACUUUAUUUUUCAGUCAGAAGAAACAGAGACUCUUUCUAUGUUAUUAAAACCCCCGGCCGUAGAUAAGAGGUAGACAGAGUUCGACAUUGUACAUGUAGUUCUACGUCAAUAUAGACACGAAGCAAGAGGCAGACAAGUGCGGCUAGAGAUCACGGCGUAGCUGGGUUUACGUAGCAUUCUAUGAAUUUUCCCGCCCACCCCUCUCUCCUCCCGCUAUCAGUGUUUUUCCUUCAGGAGAAGCUUUAUGCGAAGAAAGAACACUGGAAUAUACAACCUUGCAUGACUGUAUUAAAAUCAAAACAUCAAAAUUAACGUCCUUCUGCUGGAAAGGUUUCCUUGAAAUGUUAAAUUGUCUAUUUUUGCUUCUUGUUCGCAGAUUUCCGACAGUAUCGACCUCAAGUAUGUGAAAGAACAGGUAACUUUAAACUGUAUACUUGAUCGUUUGUCAUUGAUACGCUAUCGCCUCAUAGUCAGUUCUCGAUCUAAAUUCAGGCUGGGUAAACGUAAAAGAGAGGCUUCAAGAUCUAGAGUUAAAGAACUGUGAAAACUGACUAGUUACUCUCGACUGACUACUUAUAAAAAGCCUGGUUUCCAUACAUAUAAUCUGUAACAGUCUGUGGUGAUCUGUAACCCUGUCGCGGUCGGAAAAAAAUUCUUAUUGACGACGCUAUAUUUCCCGGCUGGGUUACCGACGUUUCGGGCAAAUCCCAAUACAGACUUCUUCAGGGAUGUACAUUACGCUACGCAGAUUUUAGUGAUAUUACUACCUUACCGUGGCAGGGGUAUUAAGAUAAUUCCAAACAAACCAUACAAAUGUUCCCAUUUAUUUAUUUUAGCGAUCACAAACAUACGGUGUUCAGUGUUUCACUCGAUUUUAGUCCGAACAUGAGGCGCGGAGCAUAUCGCGUGCGGCGUAAAGCAGACAGAUCGCAGAUGAUGUUACAGAUCAUUUGGAACUAAACUAUAUGGAACAAUUUUAGCUUGUGUUUGUUUCACGUGCUAUGGAAAUGAAGUGUUUAUACACUGUUUAUAUUUUGAUAGUGGCAAAGGGCCCUUGCCUUUUCAAACUAAACAAUAUUUGUCUGAACUCAGUCGGUAGAGCGUGUGCCUGCAGAGCAGGAGGUCGCGGGUUCGAACGCCGGCCCAAUACUCGGUGUCUUAAAGAAAGGAAGGUACUUUCUUUCCCCUGCAAACGACUAGACCUGUGCGUGGCUCGGAUGAGUAUGACCAUUACAAAAUAGUGUCCUCCAGUCAAUUAGUACUUUCGUGCCAAUGAGAUACAUUGACACUCAAAUAAUGUACGUUUGUUUUAUACUAUUUUUGUAAUGCCAACACUGUGUUUGUGAUCGUAGUUAGCCUACACUGGUGUACUGGAGACCACACGCAUCCGCCGAGAGGGGUAUGCUGUGAGGAUUCCUUUCGCUGACUUUGUAGACAGGUGAGGGUGUAAUGGUUGUAGGGUUAUUGUCUUCGAUUUUCACAUUCCUGGAAAACUCAUAAACUACUUCACUUCAGAACCUCCAGGGAGAAUGGGUACAAGCUUUGAUGCAGUGAUUUGUGGGAUCGGUUAACUGGAGUUCUGAUUGGUCGAUGGUAUUGGAAGCAAUCAUUAACCAAUCAUAAAUAAGCAUUUUCUACCCAAAUGAUCCCAGAAAUCGUUGCGCCGAGAGCUUGUACCCAUUCCCCUCAGUGGUCUCUGGAGUGGGGAAUUUUUCAUUUCUACCAUGGGCUAUGGAAACUGCCUACUCCUUACUCCUUAUCCUGAAAAAUUCUUAGAAUUUCGCAGUUAUAUUGCAUAAUUUUGGCUUCGGAAGAAUAAAUAUCACUAGUACCGUUUCCUGGAAUGUUCAUGUUUGUACCCUGAAGUAAACUGGAAAGUUAAUAACUAAAGCUAUUGCAACAAUAUACCCAAUUUUAAGGGUACAAUGAUUUUCAUUUUGUUGUCCAAAUCUCUAGGUACAAACUCGUGUUAUACACAACAAACCUACCGACUUCUGAGUCCAGUUGCCGGCAGAUACUAAAAAGGUCACAGUUACGGGACUGGCAGAUCGGGUAAGUGGAUUGACGGCAAGUCGCAAUAGUCGCGAAAAAGAGAUAUGCUGGAUGUCAAAAAGAUUGCUCUGAAACUUGUUAGGAGCACCUGCAAUAAGCGACCUUCUGUUAGAGUGAUAAAACUUGUGUUAAUGUCAUAACAGUAAAUUUUUCGACUAACAAGCAAUCACACUGGAGUCAAGAUUGUAAAGAGCGGCUAAUUCGAAGAAACUCUUCACCCGUUCAGCAAUGACACCAUGGAGUGCUUAUAUCAGCGCUUACUUAGAAAAACUGAAACUUUCUUGGUGGUUUUGACAAUUAAAGAACUUUUCAUAUGACAGUAUUUUAUAUCUGUAUUUACUCGUUUGGAUAUAAUUGUAUCAGGCGUGUCGCACAUGGCUAAUAAUGAGUUUUAUAAUAAUAAUAAUAACUGUUUAUUCACAAAUCCAAAUCGGAAAGUGAAAAGGAGAUAAAAGAGGUUAUCCCUUUCUAGUUCAUCUCCUGAUAAUAAAAUACAUUAAGAAGUAAAUGAUUUACAACUGUUUAAAAUAGUAACUAUAUAUGUAUAUAAAACAUCACACAGUAAAAGAACUUAGUGUUCACUAGGAAAAUCUGUAAAAUAACGUCUCAGUCUGUUCUUGAAAAUAUUCAAAUUCUCCGCCUCAGCAACUUCCUUUGGAAGAUUGUUCCACUUAUCUAUUAUGCGUAUUAAAAAAGAAUGUUUAAAACUAUUUAAAGUUGCUGAUGCAAGCUUAAGUUUAAAACGAUGGUUGGCUCUUAAGGGCCGAAAAUCAUGUGCAAAUGUGAAAAAUGCCGAGGGAUCAAGUCCAUUAAGUCUAUUUAUUGUCUUAUAACACUCGAUAAGCGACGAAAAUAAUCUUCCUUGUUCUUGUUCAAGUGAUGGCCAUUUAAGGAGCUUUAAGCGUUCUUCGUAAGGCAUGUCUUGCCCAAUAUUUCCAAGGGCGCAUUUAGAUGCUCUACGUUGUACUUCCUCCAAGGUGUUUAAGUCUUUUUUAAGGUGCGGACACCAAACUGGAGAGCAGUACUCGAGUAUCGGACGUACUAGACUCUUAUAAAGUUUUGAAAACAACUGAGGAUUUGGUUCUGUUUUUCAGACGAACUAAGGUGUUUUUAAAAUACUGGCACGUGGAAAAGCUGCUUGAACAGCUUCAGAAAGCUCAGGAGGCAGUGAUUACGAUACAGAAAGGUACUGUACCUGGUUGAUGUGAAUAAACUUUUUAGUUAAAAAUUCGUGAAGAGUGAAAGUGGGGACUUAAAAAAUGAAACAGCACAACUCUCGGAAAAGCAACAGGCCGUAAAAUGUCCGCGUUCUAAAAUCCCUCGCUUUCAAAAUGAUGUCAAAUAAGUAUAGCUUUUUUUUGUUUUCAUAUCAAAACGUAGCUCCAACCUUCUAUUUCAACAAAAGAGGCUUGAACCUUCUUUGAACUGGGAUACUGGUUUCAAGCACUGGUAUAUUUGCAAUUUUAUAUGAAGGGCGAGAAAUGUGCAAACGUUUUAAAUGUAACUGCAAAGUUAACGGUUGGGAAGCGCUUCCUGAGAUUUUCGACGGUAGUCGCGGUUUUCCCUACAAAUGUGCUUCCUUAGAUGCCCCAAAAUUCAUGUGGUUAACUUAAAACUUAAAUCGUUUCUCGCACUGCUAUGGUUUCGAAGCUUUUCUGAGUUCUCGGUAAUUUAGAAUGACAAGCGUAGCAUAAGCUGUGAGCAACUGAUCCAUGAAUUUAGCAAGUACAUCAGAAGUCAUUGAAUUUAAACAAGGUUUUCUACGUUUGUUUAAUCAAUUAGUUGUUCGUGGAUUCCUGGCCAGGCGAAGGUACAAACAUCUCCGUCAAGAAGCAAUGAUGAACUCGAAGAAAGCCUCAACAUUCCUAAAAUAUUCUAGCCUGUGUGGAAAUAAUUUCUUCCAGAAACAAGGUGAACUGCAACAACAUGAUCAGAGGAGAAAAGAAGGUAAAUUGUUCUCGAUAAACUUCGGUUUCCUACUUUCAGACAUACUGAACUUGUGCCAUGAUGAAAAAAGCGUUCUUUUUUUGUAAGAGAAGAAAAAACUGCCAUAUUAACUGCAAUUUGUUCGCUUUCAGAAAUCCUGAAAAAGAGAACUCUUAACUACGUUGCUGUGGAAUUCCCCUCCUCUCUUUUAAACGACGACGACGACGACGAGGACUUUCCUCCACCCCCACCGGAUGCUCUAGGACUACCCCCCAAAAUGAGAAGUCAUGGAUCCCUAGAGGAGGUAGAGGUAAAUAGUCUGCUAGGUGAACUUUGCAGUGUGAUAUAAUUAGUAUCAUGCCAUGUAAGGUAAUCCAGAUUCCGAAGAUCCGGGAAAUUCUUGCUUGUAAAGGCAGGAAUUUGGAGUUUUGGAAUCCUGGAAUCCGGAAUUUAAAUCAAGGAAUCCGGAAUGCCGCUAACGAUUGGAAUCCGAAAUCUAAGUUACACUUACAAGGAAUCGGAAAUUCAACUCCUGGAAUCCGGAAUCCACGGCCUGGAAUCCAGAAUCCAAGACUGUCUUAGAUUACCUUAUAUGGGGCGAUUAGUAGUUCAAGGUUGUCGUGGGUGUGUAAUCCUGAUUUUUCGUAAUAACCGAACAUGUGAUCAGAGGCAGUUGUUUAAUCAUAUGUAGGCACCCUCUAAUACUUCUUUUACCAAAAGAACUCUGCUGAGUUUGUUUCCACCAUUCUUUUACCAUAAUCAGGCAGUUACUUGGCCGCCCGAUACAAACUCGUCUCCAGGGCUUUUCCCGUAAGAUGUAGGCGGGGCGCCCCUCCCAUUUUCCAAGGAUAAAGCCCAGGGGACACGGGACGAGCUAAUGCCCCUGAUAUCAAUCGUGAUAAGACUAUGCGUCUUUAUCGUUUUUUCCUGGUUCGUCGCUUGCUCGGGAAAAAGCUCGCCUCGCUCGCUUUGAAGAACUUAUGAGAGGUCGGCUUGUAGCAAAUCUACGUCUUGAGUCAAAUAUAACUGUUUUUUGCUUUAGUCUUACUUAUUCUCUCUUGCUGUAGUUUAUUGACGAGCUUUCAGAUGAUUUGGAGGAUGAAGAAGACGUAUUUGUAGCUCAGCCUGAUCCAAACAAGAAUGCGUUUGGAGGAGAAAAAAAUAAAGCAGCGUAUGUCGAUAUUUUCAGUGUCUUUUGCAUAUGUAUUUUUUUCUCGUGUGUCCUCGAGUUCGGUUUUUUGGUAUCACGUGACCGAGACGCAUGGGCCGCACGGAGUAACGAGACCUGGGGACUAGGCAAGGAAAACCUCUGUAAUUCCUUGUUAUAUGAUCGACCUAAGAUGUCCCGUACACACGCUGACUCUGGAGGAUGAGACCUUUUGUCUCAAAAAAGAUGAUCGGACUGUCGAAUGUGCUGGUAGGGCACGCGCGCGGUGGACAUACUCCAAUCUCUUAUUAACGCUAGUGAUUGACAUGCUAUCAUAUUUCAUAGUGCCGUUCAGUGGUUCAAAGAGACCCAGGCCCCAAAAGGAGUUGUACAAGAGGACAGUGGAGUGUUCAGUGAAUGGUUUCACGGCAUCAUUUCCAGAAGGUAUGCAGACUGAAGUUUUUCAUUUCCUAUCACCGCGAUAGAAAAUACUAGUUCACGCGAUAUAUUUACUGUUAGCCUACUAUUAGCCAUAAUGAUGAUUCUAUAGAGUGAAAUGUGUUUAUCUUUAGGGAAUCUGAGCGUCUGUUGUCAAAUAAACCAGUUGGCUGUUUCCUAAUCCGCGUCAGUGAAAGCCGGUUUGGUUAUACUCUAUCCUACAGGUAAGCCGAUAAUAAAGUAAAGCUCGUGCCCAGGUUUCACUGGUGUCUGUCUGUAUAGGUUUGAAAUCACCGUGAGACAUCUGCGUAUCAGAUUAUUGAGAACAAGACCAGUGAAAAGUCUUUAAAAGAGCGGCUGCAUGGACAGGAGUCCGAUUUAGCUUGUUUCUAUGCUUGGGGUUUUAGUCAGCUACAUCGGGUCUCAGACUUCGGCACACGCGCGAGAAAAAACCUUUGGUACUCAGGGUACUGGUCAUUUUGAAGUCUUUCAAGUUAUUAAAUUAACUUAUGCUUGUUUAGGGAGCAGUGUGAUGGUUGCUAAUAUCGACAAUCAAUUUUUUGGGAUCAAACUGCAAUUAUGACGUUGUGAAGUUAAAUUGAUGUCGUUUUACCAGAAAUGAUGUUAUGGCGUUGCAGGAAAGGCUGCAACUAUUUUUCAGUCGAUCAUAUUUCAACUGCAUGCGUGCUUGUUACUUUUAGGGUGCAAAGUCGUUGCAAGCACUUUAUGAUCGAUCAGACUCGUUCCGGCAAGUUUGUAAUCGUUGGCAUGCCACGAGUUUAUAAAUCCCUCAAGGAAAUGGUGGAUGUACAUAAAAAGGUUUGGCUUUGCCUCCAUUUAGUUUGUAUAACAGAGAGAAAAAAUAUUCCCGUAAAUAAAUGCCACGAUAACUUGUUAAGAUUUUGACGAAGCGGAAGAGAUAGAUUCUUUAUCGAAUUCUUGGAAGGAAAACAACCGGAUACUGAUUAUUAUUGUGGCGAUUAUUUUAAGAACUUAACUUUUGUAAGUUGCAGUCCUUUUCCUUGUCUCAUUUUAUGUUAGUUCUUUACAAAAGUUGCACCAAAACUAGAACAAUUUCAUCAAACCUCCAAUAUGAACCCUUGCCUCCCGGCCAGUAAAGCGUUCACAAAUGUUCUUAAAUGGCAAUGUUUGAACGAAAAUAUAUGAAAUGACUUUUAUUAAUAGUUAAAAUCAAGAAAGCGUUCACAAAUGUUCUUAAAUGGCAAUGUUUGAACGGAAAUAUAUGAAAUGACUUUUAUUAAUAGUUAAAAUCAAGAAUGUAUAUGGUAUGCACUAAAUCUGGACUCAGUAGUUUUCUUGUUUUUCAUAACGCAGGAACCAAUAACACCCGAUGGAGAUCUUCUUGUAAUACCUUGUGGUCAGGUAUGUGGGUUACAAAGUAACUUGAUGUUUUUGGUUGUCCUUCUUUUUAAGCAAACUUAUUUGGUGAAUCCAAAGGUACUUGCAGAAAUUGUGGACUGCAAUACACUGACAACCAGCCGCAACCCUCUGCUACCAAAAAGUCAGGGUCCUAGCGCGUCAGACUUUCCAUCUUUACUCUAUAUGAUUUAGAUUCCUUUCAAGCGAAAAUUUCGCUAUGUUCACACUAAAGGUCUGCUAAUCCAUGUUCUAGAUAGUGAUUUCUUGAUCCUCUUUUCUCAAACUCAUUAAUAAUUUAUGAAGAAAAUACAAAGGAAGUGAAUGUUCGAUGAGUGUUUGGAAAUCAGAUGAAAAACUGCUCUUUUUUGCAUCCUUAAUUUCUCCUGCUAAAAUCAUUUUGUUUGAAAAGUAAUAUCAAGCAUUCGACACAUAUUACUUCUUCAACCAGUUAAAACUCUGUUGUUUUGACACUUUGCUGAUCUCAUCCGCUAUUUCUGGAAAUCCUUCUCUGUCAACCUCGUCCCUAGGGUCCUCUCCGGGAGACGAGUGGGAGAGAGACUGGGAAUGAGGUUGUCACCGUCCUCGUUUGCUCUGAGCUAUCAAUAAAGGGGUUGUUCUUUAUUGAGUUAUUGCAUCACCAUAUUUUACUUAUUUAUUUAAUAUUUGAUUUUUCCACUGUUAUUUGGUUUCAUAUCAAUGUGCUGAUGUAUCUUUUAGGAGUCCGAAGAAGUAGCAGAUUACGUGGAAUUAAUGCCCAUGCUGGAUAAUAAGGUGACGAAAAAACCCUUUUAUAUUCAAAAUUAUCGUUCAUUGUGAAAGCGCUGUCUUACUUCAUUUUUAAAAACGUAUCAGAGAAUCUGUUUUUUGAGUGGAUGGACCUAUUUAGUUCUUAUUUAAUUAUAAAUUUAAUUAAAUAAAAGUCUUCCAGCUAUUGUUUUCUGAUAUCCCAUAAUAAUAAGGCAUAUCGAUAGAGGUUAAAGGUUGCUAAGUUUCAUCAAACUUAUUUCCUUCGAAUUCGACUUGCAUACCUUGUCUUCAGCCCGUUUUCCCAGAGGUAAAAAGCUAACAUAAAACGGCCUUGAGUACCAAUCUUAAAGUACCAAUCAAAUUUGAGAAUGCACGCAUGCUCGGUAACAUUCUUUUUCAAACCUCUUACUCGUUCCCGUUGUUGGUUCUCUAACCAAUCAACUUGCACACAUUGGUUUUGUUAAAUAGUCUUUUCUUAGGUAAAUGCCAGUGUGGCAGUGACCAAUAAUUUUGCCUGUCUUUUCACAGAACAACAAUAGAAAUCGUUAUAUAAAAAGGGAUGAUGUCGCACCACCCCUUCCCCCUAAGUCUCCAAGAUCCCCCAAGGGAAUAGACGGAUCUUUGCCACCACCACUUCCAGCAAGAAACUACCAGGUAAGA